GCCGCGCUGCCGCACGGUGUUGUCCUGCAAAUGGCCCCGGGGUGGGAGCGGGGUGGGCUGUGUGGGGAGGACUCGCUGUAGAGAGGCCUGCUGGGGGCCUGCGGUUGUUCCCGGCCGCGGGGUGCCCCUGCUGCCCCCCCAGGCUUAGCACACCGCUUGCAGGCCCUCGCAGCCACCCGGACCGUCUGCUUCCCGUUCAUCUGCUGGUUUAAUUUGUGCUAAAGCCGCGUUCUGGGGGUGAAUCACUGUUCUGUGCUGUGGUCGCUGAGAAGAACAGCUCAUCAUGCCGACGGUGGUGGUGAUGGACGUGUCGCUCUCCAUGACUCGGCCGGUGUCGGUGGAGGGCUCUGAGGAGUACCAGCGAAAGCACCUGGCGGUGCACGGCCUCACCAUGCUGUUCGAGCACAUGGCCACCAACUACAAGCUGGAGUUCACAGCUCUGGUGGUGUUCUCGUCGCUCUGGGAGCUGAUGGUGCCCUUCACCAGAGAUUACAACACGCUGCAGGAAGCCCUAAGUAACAUGGAUGAUUAUGACAAAACCUGUUUAGAGUCAGCACUACUUGGGGUUUGCAAUAUUGUCCAGCAGGAAUGGGGUGCAGCAAUUCCUUGCCAGGUUGUCCUUGUCACUGAUGGCUGCCUGGGGAUCGGCAGAGGCUCCCUGCGGCACUCACUAGCUACUCACAACCAGCGAAGCGAAAGCAAUCGAUUUCCAUUGCCUUUCCCUUUCCCUUCCAAGCUGUAUGUCAUGUGCAUGGCAAACCUCGAAGAGCUUCAGAGCACAGAUUCCUUAGACUGCUUGGAACGGCUCAUAGACCUAAACAAUGGGGAAGGACAAAUUUUUACCAUUGAUGGCCCCCUUUGCCUGAAGAAUGUACAGUCUAUGUUUGGAAAGCUAAUAGACCUGGCUUAUACGCCGUUCCAUGCUGUUCUGAAGUGUGGCCACUUAACAUCUGAUGUGCAAGUAUUUCCCAGACCAGAACCUUUCAUUAUAGAUGAGGAAAUAGACCCCAUUCCUAAAGCAAUUAAUACAGAUCUAGAAAUUGUUGGGUUUGUAGAUAUAGCUGAUAUUUCUAGCCCUCCUGUCUUAUCCAGACACUUGGUACUGCCUAUUGCACUUAACAGAGAAGGUGAUGAGGUGGGACCCGGGAUCACAGAUGACACCGAAGAUGAGAAUUCAGCUAAUCAAAUUGCUGGGAAGAUUCCCAACUUCUGUGUUUUGUUACAUGGGAGCCUGAAAGUGGAAGGCAUGGUGGCUGUCGUCCAGUUGGGGCCAGAAUGGUAUGGGAUGCUCUAUUCACAAGCUGAUAGCAAGAAGAAAUCAAACCUCAUGAUGUCACUCUUUGAACCUGGUCCUGAGCCCCUUCCGUGGCUAGGGAAGAUGGCACAGCUUGGCCCUAUUUCAGAUGCUAAAGAAAAUCCUUAUGGAGAUGAUGACAAUAAGAGUCCUUUCCCCUUGCAGCCCAAAAACAAGCGCAGUUAUGCACAGAACGUUACUGUGUGGAUUAAACCGAGUGGCCUCCAGACUGAUGUACAGAAGAUCUUGAGAAAUGCACGGAAACUCCCUGAAAAAACUCAGACUUUCUAUAAAGAACUUAACCGUUUGAGAAAGGCAGCUCUGGCCUUUGGCUUUUUGGACCUCCUGAAAGGUGUGGCAGACAUGCUGGAGCGGGAGUGCACCCUGCUCCCUGACACGGCUCAUCCUGACGCGGCGUUUCAGCUCACACAUGCUGCUCAGCAGCUGAAAGUGGCAAGUACUGGGGCAUCAGAAUACACUGCCUAUGAUCAUAACAUUGCUCCUCUGCAGACAGACUUUCCCACUACUGGCACUGAAAGAAUGUAAAGUCUCCAAUUUGGGAAAUUCUCUAGGUUAAGACUCAUGCCACUCGAAUUUUCUUGUCUUGUUUACCUUCUAUGGCUUCUUUAAUUACUGGAACUUCCUAUUAUAACAGGGUCCUUCACCUGCAUUAGUGCUCUCCAAAUACAUGUAGCUAGUCUGUGGUAGCUUCAGUCAGGCCUGGAAACUCUGGAAAGUGUUCCAUAGUGAUUGGAGUGUUGGAUGGUGGGUGGAAGUUGCAUGUAAGGAGACAGAGAACAUAGCAUCACAGGCCUCAGACUUUCUGUGGCUUUUAGCCUUUCCCAAAUGUGGUUGAUGUAUAAAUGAAAUCAGUGGUAAAAACAUCCUAAAAGGCAGCUACUGUUAUUUUACAGACGGAUUUGAGUAGUCCAGAGAAAAUGUGUGAGAAUCACUGCACAAGAUCAGACAUGCAGCUGAUUUCAAGGUGUUAUCACUAAUUGCUACUCUGUAUGGCAAUAAUGUACACCACUGGCAGUGCAGUGCUUAUGCUUGUGGAAGUAACUUAAUCUUUUGAGACAAAUUUUUAAUUUGUGUAAUUUUAAUAAAAAGGAAUUCUUCAGGAA